AUGUCGUUACCCAAUGAAUUAAUUGAUGAAAUACUCUGUCGUGUUCCUGUUAAGUAUCUUAUUCGUUGUCGUUGUGUGUUGAAAGAAUGGUGUUCGAUUAUCGAUAGCAAUGCGUUUAUUGAAAAACAUAGUAAGAGGACUAGUGAAUGUAAUCUUGAUAGGGGUGUCGUAAUUAGCGGGGAUGGGAUUGGGAAGGUUUUCUUGACUGAUGUGGAGGCUUUGCGUGAUGAAAAUGUGGAUGUUAUUGAAUUGGACGAUGGUUUUGUCUCGGGUGCGGAAUUUGUGGGUGUUUCUAAUGGACUAAUUUGUUUGUGUAUGGAGAAUAAGAGUGAGUUUGUGGUGUGUAAUCCGUCGACGAGGAAGUAUAGGAAGUUACCGAGGGUGCCUAGAAUGUUUGGGAAGGAGUUUGAGGGGGUUGAGGUUCCGUUGUACGGGUUUGGGUAUGAUCGUGUUAAUGAUGAUUAUAAGGUUGUCAAGAUUGGGGAGUGUGGAGCUCUGCAGUGGAUGACGAUUAAGUAUCCUAGAACUUGUUGUGGGAUUGUAUUUGGUAUUGAUCUUGGGCUUGAGCAAUAUAAGGAGGACCUUUUUCCUGAUGUUCAUGGGACCUUUGUCUGUUUGGUUUAUGUCGGAGAAUCGCUUUGCAUAACGGAUAACUACAGUGAGUCUCAUACAGAUGUGUGGCUGAUGAAUACUCAUGGGGAGGGAAAUCCUUGGUAUAAAGCAUUUACAGUGGAGCAACCUGGACCAUUUGGAACUUUAAGUUUAUUAGACCUGUUGCUUUUUCGAACAACAAGAAGGAUGUACUUCUAG